GGACGAACCGCACUUCAUCAUGGUGUCAUUAGCGGCAAGCUUACGAAAGAAGCCCUGUGUUGUCUUCGUGAUGAAUUUCAAUUGUCCACAGAGCUACUUGACGCGCAGGGAAAGACGCCGUUGGCGUAUGCAGUUGAGAAGGGACAGGAGUAUCACCACCCAGACAUGUUCGAGCCAGAC